AUGGUUAAUAUAGGCAUGCCAUUAAAAAACCUCGACAACAAUUCGGAUGCUCAUGCCGACUCUGGCCCCAUGCAUGAUGUUAAACAGUCAUCACCAGAGAAGUGGUCGGAUGACGCGGUGCUGGAUCCCGACGUGAUCAACUUUGAUGGGCCUGACGACCCAGAAAAUCCCAUAAACUGGUCUUCAAGCAGGAAGGCAGUGGUCAUCGCAAUGGUAACAUUGAUGACACUAUUAUCACCUAUUGGCUCGACAAUCAGCUCCUCUGCAGUGGCCGAUAUCAAAACGUACUUUAACGCUACCGGCGAAACACUUCUGGCAUUUGCGACCACAAUCUAUGUUUUAGGCUAUGCAUUCGGCCCUAUCAUGAUUGCUCCUCUCUCCGAAAUGUACGGGCGUGCAAUUUUGUAUAAGAUUUGCAUCGUCCUGUUCCUCAUCUUCAAUGUUGCUUGCGCCGUGGCUAAUAAUCUUUCGUCCCUUAUUGUGUUACGACUCCUCGCCGGAAUUGCCGGGUCGUGUCCCGUCACACUUGGAACAGGCUCAAUCGCCGACAUGGUUCCACAGGAGAAGCGCGCGGGAGCUAUGGCUGGCUAUGUGAUUGGUGCUGUGCUUGGACCGUCUAUCGGACCCAUUGUCGGUGGCUACUUGACACCCAGGGCGGGAUGGCGCUGGGCCUUCUGGCUAAUGGCAAUUGCUACUGCACCCCUUGCUGUAGUGGUUGUGCUCUUCAUGCAGGAAUCGUAUCCCUUUGUGUUAAUCAAGCGCAAAACGGAGCGCUUGCGCAGAGAAACUGGUAACAUGAAUCUUUGCUCUGCCCUUGACACAGGAAGGACACCGUCUCAGCUCUUCGCCUUCUCUAUUUUGCGCCCGUUGAAGAUGCUUCUCUUACCUAUAGUCUUCGCUCUAUCACUGUAUGCCGCCGUUGUGUACAGCUAUCUGUACUUAUGCUUCACAACUUUUCCGCAAGUAUUUGGUGAGCAGUAUGGAUUUGGCAGCGGCGCGUCAGGCCUAGCGACACUGGGGAUAGGUGUCGGCUCUAUCUUUGGCGUUUUUUUCUGUGGCGCUGUAUCGGAUAAGCUAUCGGCCUACCUGACCAAAGAACACGGUGGGUCGAUUAAACCGGAAUACAGGCUCCCAAUGAUAGUUGUAGGAGGAAUUUGCGUGCCCAUCGGCCUGUUCUGGUACGCUUGGACGGCCGAGAACAAGGUGCACUGGAUUGCGCCGAUCAUUGGGACCGGCUUUCUCGGGGGCGGUAUGAUAAUUACAUAUAUGGCUAGCACCUUGUAUCUUGUCGACGCAUACACAGUCUAUUCCGCCUCAGUGACAGCUUCGAGUACCAUUUUCCGUUGCCUUUGUGCAACAUUUCUGCCCCUCGCGGGCCCUGCUAUGUAUGGUAAGCUGGGGGUUGGCUGGGGAACUUCGCUCCUUGGAUUUAUUGCUGUCGCAUUCAUUCCACUUCCAUUCAUCUUUUACAUUUAUGGACAGCGGUUGCGUGAGUCAAAGCGUUUGAGGAUUGAUUUCUGA